GGUUGCCAUGGCAACAGGACCCUAACGUAACGUCCGUUCAUUUAAAAACCCUUCAGGUGCUGCUGUCGUCCCGUUAAGGGAACCGACGUUAUCUGCUAACUUAAAGAAAUUAUCGUUAUUCGCAUUAAAACGUAGGUGGCUGAGUAAAAACAAGUAAGGGUUUCUUUUAUAAAAAGAAGAUGGAGUUUGAGACGACUGAGACCGCACGCUCGACACCGAGUCGCCAUGAGAAAAGUUUGGGGCUCCUCACCAUUAAGUUUGUCAGCCUGCUCCAAGAAGCCAAGGACGGGGUUCUUGAUUUGAAAGUGGCUGCAGACAGCUUGGCAGUGAAGCAGAAGAGGAGGAUAUAUGAUAUCACCAAUGUACUGGAAGGGGUGGGGCUAAUUGAGAAGAAAAACAAGAAUGUAAUCCAGUGGAGGGGCGAGAACAUAGCCAGCCAAACUGAGGAGGUUUUGGAGCAGGUAAACGUCUUAAAGGCCCAAAUUGCUGAGCUGGAAGCCCAAGAGAAAGAGCUGGACAACCAGAAGGCCUGGCUGGAGGAGAACAUCAAGCACUUGAACCAUGAUCCCGUUCUCAACACAUAUAAAUUUGUGACGCAUGAAGACAUCUGCAGCGCUUUUAGUGGAGAAACCCUUCUUGCUGUCGUGGCUCCUGCUGGGACUCAGCUGGAGGUGCCACUGCCAGAAAUGGGUCAGAGUGGUCAAAAGAAGUACCAGGUGAACCUGCGCAGCCACUCUGCUCCCAUUCAGGUCGUGCUCAUCAACAGAGAUUCAGAUUCCAGAGUGCCUGUGGUCUUCUCUGUACCCCCCACCGAUGACAUCUGUCAGAUGCCAACUCCACCCAGCACCCCUGCGAGCCUGCAGAGAUUCCCUCUUUCAGUUUCCACUUCCAACACCAACACCACCUCCUGCUGCAGCCAGGAGUCUCUCUGCUCAGACCACCAGAUGGUGCUGCCAGAACAUGAUGAUGUGCUGACUCCGUCGGCCACCCCUCCUGACGUGCAGAUGGUCUGUCACGGUCGACCAGUGAUGGGGUUGGAGCAGCAGGAGAUGGACCUGGUGGACCAGGAGUUCCAGUCUGUUCUGGACGUGAGCAGCCUACUGAAGCUCAGUGCCACUGAAGACCACAUGAAGGAUAACCAAGAGGGAGCUGUUGACCUGAUUGAUGAACUCAUGUCCACUGAUGGUAUAGACUACAGCUUCAACCUGGAUGACAACGAGGGAGUGUGUGACCUGUUUGAUGUGCAGAUCCUGAAUUACUAAUGGCUGACGGUGACUCUGAUGCACACUCUUACAAUCUUGAGAAGCACUUUCUGCCACUUAAAAACUGUAAAGAUUUGUCCUAUUUUGUUAAAAUUUCACAGAUGAUACUUUGAUAUACCACUGUCAUCUUACAAAAGCAAAAAACAAAGACUUCACAGAUGUGCACCUCACAGCUUAACGUAUCCAGACUCUGUCCAGCAAAAAAAGUGCCUGAUUUAAUGAACCAUAAGGUAUUUAUAAAGCCAUGAGCCACGAGGUCUCAAGUAAGCAGACAAAUCCUUCACAUUCCUCACAUUCCUGCUGCACUUUUGUGUCUCUGUAUUUUUCCACAUCCAGCGGAAAGCUUGAGUUGUUGAUAACGGCUUUCCUUUGCACAGCUCAUCCACUUUUGGGACUGUAACAGUGUUGUAGAUAAGUUGAACUUUGCAAUAGCAUUUCAGUAUUUGCUUCUUUGAUGAUCCAGUUCA